AAAAAAAAAAAAAAAAAAACGCCGGCAGUUGCUCAGUGAGGCAGACUUACAAAGCGUAUUUUUGAGUCCAUUGAUUCCUUCUUCUCUCGUUUCGGUCUACGGAUUUGUGCAAAAUCAUUCGAGGGCCUUGACACUUGGAUGGAAAAUAUUAUAAUACUGUUACGGCGACUUGACAUAUUUAUACUGCACCGAUGUUUGGAGGCUUGGACUUGAUCAGCGUGACCAUGUUCUCGAAUAUCUUGCGAUGAACCACACCUCGCUGAUUGUCGACGUAACCAGGUCUACCCUCAACAACGCACUGCCACUCGAAUCUUGUCGCCAGGCAAAUUUGCGCACUGGGAAUUGGGAACGUGUAAAAUCUGUCUUCACGCUCACCAUCAAUCCUAGAGGACGAAUCCCACCAUGCCAUGAUUCUCUCAGAAAGCUCUUGUGUUUCCUGCUCGAGUAUCUGGGCGUCAUCCGCCCAUGGAUCAAGGCUCACCAUCAACCUGUUGAGGUUGAGCUGAAGUGACCAUAAAGCGCACGGCAACUCGUGAAGAUUGAGAAUGGUAUCGUCCCUCUUCGCCUGUUCUCGGAGUUCCUCCUCCCACCGGUAGCUGAACUCUUUAACGCUGUGCAUUUCCUCCAAAACUCGAAGUUUUUCGACGGCAUCACAUGGUCCGUUCCCCAUAAUGUGUUCCUUUGCGAUGCGAAUGUAACGCGGAAGCUUAGUCUGCGCAGAGAGCAUGGAGGUGACGAACCUAUUUUGUCGUUGCAGCAACAAGAUUAUUCCCUCCCAUUUUGGAUCUUCGAGAAAGCAAUCGAUCUGGCGAAGGAAGCAUUCAUUGACUAAUGGACCGAACUGGCUUGCGAGAAGGCUCAUUUCAAGCUCGGAAUACGUCGCGGGGUCACGCAUUUGAAGAAGGUGCAUCAGACCAAGAGUGUGAUAUGACCAGCGGCCUGACGUUUCAUUCUGGAGGAGCUACCAAGGGUCAGUGAUACUUCCUUAUCCCAUAGAGGUUCAGAUGCAAGGCGCGCGAUAGGACAUACCUCAAAAAGUUGCAGCACGGCCGUGGCCAGGAGUAUAUCCGGCUGCAAUCUCCUCUCGACGUCAUUGAGAGCCAUCUGGAGGUCCUUUAAAGCUAUGCCAUAGAGUUUAAAAACCGUCGCCUCGGAGACGCCCGACGACGGACACAUUUCGCGUUUGUAUUGAGCCAUGGUGCAAUUUACCGUGCUCCGUACAAGCUCGCUAGAUCCAUAAUAAGCAGGAACAAAAUCAAGAUGAAGUGAAGCACCUUUGCCGAUAUGAACGGACGCAAGACCGGAAAGGAGAAAGACGUCGAAGCCAUGCUCGAUGCGAGCGGCUUCAUAAUCGCGCUUGGGAAGAUCUGGAAUUAUAACGCUUCUCCUCGGCGUAGCCGAUGAAUUCUUGCCGUUCGUUUUAUCAGGCUCAGCCGGGUUGCUGCCACCUUGCUCGGUACGGUGUUGAUCCUCUUUUGAGCCCUUGAUGUUGACGAAGCGAAUCUCCCUCGGACGCUUGCUCCUCUCGGCGAUGGCAAAACGCUUGGCUUGCGAUCGGAUUUGCCGUCGUUUAUCUUUCGUGGACUUCGCCGACUCAUCUAUGAAGACGAAGGCGGGUUUUUCAGCCUGUGCAGAUUUGGCGAUUGCUCUACUCAUCGAUGAAGAAGGUGAAAACAAACAAAGGAGGUUUGAUGCUGCAUCUGCUGACCAAAACUUGUACGGGAAAGAUGCCGACUAUAAAAGGGGCAUGCAGCGGGCUGCCGUGUCGAGAUAGUAUUUGAUCAGCAGAAACAGACCGCACCACUGGAUUAUACGCCAGAGCACGUCGCAGAAAGACGUUAUUCAGUUCUGCUAUAUGCUCUUAUUUCCGGCGUGAGGGGACAUGAUGAAGCGGUCUGUGUCUAUCUUACCUGCGCUAAAGCCGAUGUAAUGAAGUGUCCUGCGACAGCGCUCUGUGCAUUACCUCUGCUAGAUUCGGCUGAGUCCGGCUGGCCUUCGCCACUUGGUGAGGUUGGAGAAAGCAUGGGUGGGUUAUGAAAAAGCCAUUGAACGAAGGUCUUUCGUCCCUACUGAAUCACACACCCUUCGUCAUCAGACGACGACCCGGCGCUGGACCGGUCUCAGAGGCUAUCCUGCUGUCGACGGAGCGCACUGCUCGGGAGUUUUUGGACCAGUUCGCUGUCCGCGGCCCCAGAGCUAGAACGGUCGGCCGUUGCGCAGGCGUGUCAAAGAAGGCUAGCUUUUACCAAGAAGAUCGACAGACUAGUUCUAAGCCGGAAUCGUCUCCGCACAUGCCGGCUUCCUUCUGGCAGACUCUCAAAAGGCCAGCGCCGGCCGUCAGCACCGUCGGCUGCAAAUCCUGCCAGGCCUCAAGCGCACCCAAAAAAAGAGUGUCAGCUUGGACUCGGGCUUCACGGACGGCCCCAAGCAAAAGUCUUGGCGUUUGGCAGGGCUUAGACUGUGCGCUCGCCGCUAACCACGGUAUCCGCUUCUCCAAGGGGUGUCCCAUGCAAAUGUCUGUAAGGCUGAUGACUUAUAGCGGGCAUUGGGGUGAACAUGCUAAGUUAAGAGACAAGCCUAAGAUUACUUAACAAGUCGCCCUUUCUUCGACUGAAGCAACCGAUUCUGGUAAUCCCAUGACCCUUUACGCUUGCUGCCGCGUCAUGAGAAUAUGUCGUGCAGCCACUUCACGCUAUCUUCUUCUUUUUUUAUCAAGGGGCUGUCAGCACACAUGUUUAGGAAUCACAGCAAGAAUUUUUGUUUCUUUAUUUGCGGGAACAGUGUGGCACUGGUCCCCUUGGUGCACGGGUUUUGGAUCCUUGUCACACAGUCGAUUGAACAGCUCUUCGGCUUAGAAGCCGGAGGUCCUUCCACACGUGCUGUGCCACUAACGAACUGGAGGAGCAAAGUUCUUCAAGUGUUGUUUCGCACUAGACAAUCAUAUGCGCGCUCUGUACGCCAUUCGCACAUCUUGGCUGUGCUGCCAUCACUUGAGCUGGGACCUUGCAUGAACAAUGCAGAGGUUGAGCAGCGUUGCACACGGGUCGGCUCAUGAGUGAUACUCGCUUGCAAGCGUCGGCUGUGGUCUUCUCCCCGUGUCGUAGCAAUUACUUCCAGAAUACCGACUGUAUGGACCUAUUCUGCUUUGGACGACGACCUAUAUGAUUGCGUGACCACUAUCACCUGUGU